AUGUCAAGCGUCGUACCGGACCCUCCUGAUGAUUCUUUGUCAGGUGAGGAAUCAAGCCACCAAGAACAUCCUCAGGACCCCGAAGAGACACGUCUCUCGUUUAGUGGAAUGCUACAAAUGCCAAUCAAUGCCAUUCUGGCCACACUUUAUCUUGUCAUUGCGCUAGCGUUUCGUUUCGCGACACGCUCCAUACCGGAUCCACUCGAUGAUAACCCUCCACACUCGAGUGAAGAGCCAAGCCACACAGAACACCCCCAGGACCUGGGGGAGACGCACCUCAGUGAAAUGCGACAAGUUACAAUUACUAGCAUUUGUGCGACUGAUCUCACUCUUAGUCUCCGACGCAUACCAGCUGGCUUUCACGUGACAGUACAAGCUGACGGUGCUGAAUGUAAGACAAGUAACAAGGUCGUCCUUAAUCCUGUCUUUUCUGCAGGUAUUGAGAAAGAUUCUAGGCCAUCCGAGCCAUCUUCUAAAGUUCGGGUCAGUGUGUAUGCCUCAUUUGAAUUGGAUCCCAUGCUUGGUCCUGGAGAACUCCUGCGCACAUUCGAGAUCUCCGUUGGAGAAUUACUGGAUCGCAGUGCAAAGUCACAUCCCAUCGUCUUUCAGCCAAAGGCAGGCGAAGUCAUAUCUUCGUGUACUUCACUGUUCAUGACAGUGGAGCAGCGACGUUCUGAUGACAAUGACGCCACAGUUCUUCGCCCUGUUACUACCCUCAUGACCAGCGAUAUGAACACGUUAGCACUCAAGACGGAUGCCGGACAUCGUCUUCUCGCACGAUACCGCAGGACGCAGAACAGCAGGGAUCUCGAGCAAUCCAUAAAGCACUUCGAACGUGCCUCUGAUCUUUGCCCCGUUGAUCAUCCCUGCCACCCUGCAGCAUUAUCCAAUCUAGCUACCGCAAAGUUUAUUAGUUGCCAAGCUAAUGGAACACACCUCGACCUCGACAUUCCUAUCUCUCUCUUUCAAGACGCUCUUGAUUUACGUCCCACCGGUCAUCCAGACCGACCCUUCACCCAGCUUCACCUUGCCAUUGCUCUGCUGUCUCGUUUUGCGAAACGGGGAUCUCAAACGGAUGCUGAUAUGGCUGAAGAGUUACUGAUCGAAGUCCUCGACGUCUGCUACGCCAACAGCCACGUUUUCAGAGCAGCUCUACUUGCAAUUGAAACAUCUGCUCUGCACCAGGCUGGAAGCAUCGAUGUAGAUAACACUGGGCAGGAGCAGCUCGCUGAAUCCAUGCUUCCUUGGUCUCCGGAUGAACUUGGUCAACGAUUGGAUCUUUGUUUGCAGAGAGAUGUUCCCGCUGCCUUAGAUGCAGUGAUUUCCUUUCAUCAUCAUGCACUGGAAUACUACAGCGGGACACAUUCUCGGCGAGGGCAGGUAUUGGGUCAGCUGGGCAUAGCUCUGCUCACUCGCUUCGAGCGCCGAGGCAAUGGUCAAGACCUCGACAACGCCAUCACACAUCUCAGGGAAGAGCUGGGUUUAUACCCUGUCGGUCACCCAUAUCGGGGUGGGUCAUUAAACAACCUUGGGGGUGGGCUUUUCACCCGCUUCGAGCAGCGAGGUAAUGAUCAAGAUUUGGAUGAAGCUAUCACGCUUAACAUGGAAGCGCUGGCUUUUCACCCCGUCGGUGACCCACAGCGGCCCGUGCCAUUAAAUAACCUUGCGAGCCAGCUCUGCGCCCGCUUCAGGCGCCGAGGCAAUAGCCAAGACCUCGACAAGGCCAUCGCACUUCACAGGGAAGCGCUGGCUUUGCACCCCGUCGGUCACUCAGAUCGGCCCAUCUCAUUACAUAACCUCGGGACUGAACUUUUCGUCCGCUUCGAGCAGCGAGGCAAUGACCGAGAUUUGGAUGAGGCUAUCGCGCUUUACAGGGAAGCGCUGGCUUUGUACCUCGUCGGUCACCCACAUCGGUCAAAGUCAUUAGAUAACCUUGCAGCUGCGCUCUCCACCUGCUUCGAGCACCGCGGUAAUGACCAAUAUUUGGAUGAGGCCAUCGCGCUUCACAGGGAAGCGCUGGCUUUGCACCCCGUCGGUCAUUCAGGUCGGUCCAUGUCCUUGAGUAACCUCGCGAGUCGACUCUCCACCUGCUUCAAGCACCGCGGUAAUGACCAAGACCUGGAUGAGGCUACUGUGCUUCACAGGGAAGUGCUGGCUUUACGCCCGGUCGGACACCCGUUUCGGUCUGUGCCAUUAAAUAACCUUGCGAGUGCACUCUUCACUAGCUUCGAGUGCCGAGGCAGUGACCAAGACUUGGAUGAAGCUAUUCCGCUUUACAGGGAAGCGCUGGCUUUGCGUCCGCUCGGUCACCCUGAUCGGUCCUCGUCAUUAAAUAACCUUGCGUGUGGACUCUCCACCCGUUUCGAACGGCAAGGCAAUGUCCAUGACUUGGAUGAGACUAUUCUGCUUCACAGGGAAGCGCUGGCUUUGCGCCCGCUCGGUCACCCAUAUCGGUCCAUGUCAUUAAAUAACCUUGCGAAUCAACUCUCCACCCGCUUCAAGCAUCGAGGCAAUGCCCAAGACUUGGAUGAAGCUAUCACGCUUAUCAGGGAAGCGCUGACUUUGCGCCCGCUCGGUCAUCCACAUCGGUCCCAGUCAUUAGAUAUCCUGGCGAAUGGGCUCACCACCCGCUUCCAGCAGCGAGGCAACGACCAAGACUUGGAUGAGGCUAUCGCGCUUUACAGGGAAGCGCUGGAUUUGUACCUGGUCGGUCACCCAUAUCGGUCCUCACCAUUAAGUAACCUUGCGAAUGGACUCUCCACCCGCUUCGUUCACCGAGGCAACGACGAAGACUUAGAUGAGGCCAUUACGCUUCUCAGGGAAGCGCUGACUUUGCGCCCGCUCGGUCAUCCACAUCGGUCUGUGUCAUUAAACAUCCUUGGGAAUCAACUCUCCGCCCGUCUCAAGCACCGGGGCAAUGACCAAGACUUGGAUGACGCAAUCGUGCUUCACGGCGAAGCACUGGCUUUGUGCCCUGUCGGUCACCCAGAUCGAUCCUCGUCGUUAAAUAACCUUGCGAAUAGUCUCUUCACCCGCUUCGAGCACCGAGGCAACGUCCAAGACCUCAACGGAUCACUAGAGCAUAAUCGUUGUGCAUUGACUCUGUUGACGCAACAUGAUCCUCGUCAAUUAGAAGUCCAUCUGUCACUAGCCGCUGUCUAUCUACUGGUCCAUCAAUCAGGACUUGAUGGCACAAGUGAAGAUGCUGACAGUCUCAAUGCCGCUAUGCAUCAUUUCAAGGCAGCAGCAAAUGUUGUCUCUGGAGGUUUGCUACGUCGCCUGCGAGCAAGUCUAGACUGGGUUCGCUAUGCUGAUGGACAUACACAUGGCACUGAACUGGAGGCUUAUGCAACUUCCAUGCAACUUUUGGAUGCUUACAUGUCCGCGACAGCUUCGGUGUCAUCUCGCCAUGAUAUCAUGAAGGUCUUCCCCCCCGGACUCGCAGUUAAAGCUGCAUCAUGCGCUCUUCGUCGUAACGAUGUGCGCCGCGCUGUAGAGUUACUAGAGCAAGGCAGGACUCUCAUCUGGACUCAGAUGGCACGAGUCCGCACUCCCCUUGACAGCCUCCAGGAACGCGGAGAUCACGCACAGGCUCUGAUGAAGAAAUUCAGAGACCUCAGCUUCCUCCUUGAUAAACCUCCUGCAGAACAUCGAGAAGGGAUCCCAAGAGUUGACAUAGAAGCAGCAGCUGUCCGAUACACACGUCUAGUGGCGGACUGGAAUCAAACUGCAGAAGAGAUUCGGGAACUCGAGGGCUUCUCUCACUUCCUACUUCCUCCCUUGUUCUCUGAACUUCAAGAUGCUGCUUGCGAUGGACCUAUCAUCGUCCUUCUUGCAAGUAAGGCAUCUUGCGAUGCAAUCAUCAUCCUGCACACGCAACCUCCGGUUAGCGUACGACUCGCCAUCAAUUUAGAACAUCUCGUGCGAUUGUCGAAGGCACUCUCACAGACAGUUGAUAAAGAAGCCGGUCCCAGAGGGACUCAACCAGGGCUGAUAAAAGUUUUGCGGGAGUUAUGGGAUGAUAUAGUCCGCCCUGUGGUUGAAAAUCUGGAUAGAUUUGCCCGACGAGGUUCACGAAUAUGGUGGUGCCCAACUACUUUCUUCAAUUUCUUGCCGUUGCACGCUGCUGGCGAAUACAAACGUGGUGGGAAAUCCCUUUCGCAGCUAUAUGUUUCUUCAUACACUCCAUCCCUUACCGCCAUGAUCAGGGCUCGCAAAAGUAAUGACGGAUCCCUGUCCCAGGUGUCUUUUGUUGCCAUUGGUCAGAACCACCCUCCAGGUCAUUCACUUCCUUUGGAGGCUGUCGAGCCCGAGCUGGAAUUGGUUCGGAGUCUUCUACCACCUCCUCCAACGGUUUUCUUCACCAAGGUCACGAGCGUUGAAUCAACGAAAUCAACAGUCCUGCGCACAUUGCAAGGCAAUCGCUGGCUCCAUUUUGCGUGCCACGGAACACAAAAUUUCGCGGAACCAUUCAAGUCGGCCUUUCUCAUGCGCGACCAACCACUUUCGCUCCUCGACAUCACACAAACAAAUCUGUCUCGGCAUGAAUUCGCAUUCUUGUCCGCUUGUGAGACCGCAGUCGGUAACUUUGAAACACCUGACGAAGUGAUCCACCUGGCGGCUGGCUUACAAUUUUCUGGGGUCAAGAGUGUCGUUGGGACAUUAUGGAGUGUCAACGAUGCUACUGUGCGACGCUUGGUCGAGGCAUUCUACAAAAACUUCUGUGGGGAUGGCACAAUGGAUUCAAAAAGAGCUGCCCGAGCGCUGCACAGAGCUGUCCAGUCGUUAGCUUCUGACAAGGACAUACCAUUGGACCAGCGCAUCGUGUUCGUGCAUAUCGGCCUAUGA